ACCUUCUAAAGAUGGCUGACUUAUGUUGUUGACGGUUGACUUGAGAAGUAUAAUGUCAUGUUCCUGUCGUUAUCACUGGCUGUUGUUAUUCCCGCUAGCCUAAUGUUUUGGUUAAUCAGUCUGUUUUAUCAGACAAUCAACAGAGACUAUGCGGCCCCUGCCCCCUGGAGGUGGUUAGUGGCAGCCAUUGCUCCGGUUCUCAUUGCACUGUAUGGGUUGAGGAAGAGGAGCCUGGAUGUGGCCGGUGCUGUGGCAGGGUUGUUAGUUGGAUUCAUCCUGACACUCAGCAGUCUGUGUUUCUUCUCUGCCCUGCUGGUUUUCUUCCUGGCAGGGUCAAAGGUUACCAAACUCAGAGCUCACCAGAAAAAGAAAUUUGAGGAAGAUUACAAGGAAGGUGGUCAGCGGAACUGGCUGCAGGUGAUGUGUAACGGUGGUGUAGCCUCACUGUUUGCUAUCCUGUACCUGCUCGAGGUUGGCUGUGCGGAGAAGACAUUUGACUUCUCCAGAAGAUACUCCUCAACGUGGUGGGCUGCCAGUGUACUAGGAUCACUGGCUUGUUGUUGUGGGGACACAUUUGCUUCUGAAGUCGGAACAGUGUUUGGUCAUUCAAAACCAUGGCUUGUGACCAACUUCCAGAGGGUGCCAAGAGGCACUAAUGGCGGUGUGACAUUUACUGGAACCCUGAGCAGCAUUUUCGGAGGGUUUAUUGUUGGAGUAGCCUACUAUGUGGCCUUGCUGCUGUGUACUACAGAGCUGUCCUUGAGUGACAGUCCCCCCCAGUGGCCCAUCCUCCUCCUCGCCACAUCUGCAGGCUUCGUGGGGUCCAUCAUAGACUCCUACCUGGGUGCUCUGCUUCAGUUCUCAGGGUACGACCGGCGGCGUGCUUGUAUCGUGGAACACCCGGGGCCCCAUGUGGAACACAUUAGCGGCUACGCAGUCCUUGACAACCAUGGUGUCAACCUCCUUUCUUCACUCCUCACGGGAAUUAUCUCCCCUUACAUUGCCUGGCAACUGUGGCUGCAUGUCACAUGACGUGAUAUAUCAUCACCAAACAGAAAUCAUUGAAACAAAAGUGAUGAGGAUCUCCCUGAAUAUGUGACCUAAGAUUGACCUUGAAAGUCACAUGAUCACAAUAUACGUCUUGGUACAUCUAAUUCAUCUUCCCGAAGCAAGGGAGUUAACUGACUAUAAAAGUUCAGUUUCCACCCUUGCCGGACUAGGCUGGAAUUUCUGGGCUCGCUAGUACCACCACCACCAGUGGCUAGUAUGAGUGAUGUCCCUUCUGUGUCCCUCCUAUUGACCAAUCAGAUUCCACCUCUCAUAUCACUUGCAUUUGCUUCAAGCAAAAUGAUCUGACAGAUAAUUAAGAUCUUUAUUGUAAUAAAAUGAGUCCUACCUCGCGAAGUGCAUCAGAUCACUUCAGCACCUUGAUUAAAAACAUAAAAUGAUCAGGAAAAUAUCUGUUGACGCAGAGUUGGCCAUACAGAUGCUUUGCAAAUACAGCAUCCACCGAAACCUGCCCCACAGUUACGAACCAGAUGUUGAUUUUGUUAAGCGAUUUUGAUUGGUCUAUGCAUAGACUCGUAAUUCCAGCCAAAAUAUAACUCCAUACAUCCAGCCUAGUACGGCAAGGGUGGAAACUGGACUUUCAUAGUCAGUUAACUUCCUUGCCUGGGGAAGAUGUACCUAAUUGUGCUCAGAAGGUUUACAAAAGGAUUUUAGACGUGUUCAUUUCAUAAAUCAUGUCAUUGAUUUGAUUUUAUGAAAAAGAGUUUUAGGUGUCUUAUCUUUGAUCUACUAUUUACACAGAACAAGUAUAUGGUUCGACUUGUGCAAUUCUGUUUAAUUUGUUCUAUCAUGCCAUGCACUUAUAAACACUACUGCACGCCUCAUUCACCUUAUCUACAGCCUUAGAAAUUCAUCUUGUUUUCAUGUUCCAGAUGACUAUGUAAGCCUUAUUUCACUAGUCCUCUGUGUUUGUAGCUGGUCCUGCUUGAAUCAGGCACAAAACUUGUAUUCAUUUCCAGAUGGGGGGCGGGGUGGUCGGGUAGCCUAGUGGUUAAAGCGUUCGCUCCUCACGCCGAAGACCCGGGUUCGAUUCCCGACAUGGGUACAAUGUGUGAAGCCCAUU